UUCUCUCUCCUCAAACUCCAAACCUGUGCUCUGCAUCUCCUUCCUCCUCCUGAGUCCUCCCGCAUUCUCCUCCUCUUAAAGCCCUAACAACAUAAGCAGCGUCUUGUAGUUGUAGUUUUAUCUAUUCUCGGCGCCGCCUCUGUCGACCACCUCCCCUCCUCUGCUGCUGGUAUUCUAGUUUGAAUUGUCAUGGCUUGGAGAGGACAAUUAUCAAAGAAUUUGAAGGAGCUUCGGGUCCUGUUUUGCCAAACUUCCCCUGCAAGUGCUGAAGCACGGACUUUUGUUGAGAAAAAUUACAAGGAGUUGAAAACAUUGAAUCCCAAAUUGCCGAUCUUGAUUCGUGAGAGCCGGGGAGUUGAGCCUCAGCUUUGGGCAAGAUAUGACUUCGGUGUUGAAAAAGGUAUUCGUCUAGAUGGCAUGAAUGGGGGCCAGAUAUCCAAGGCUCUUGAGGAUCUUGUGAAAGCCGGGGAAGCACUUAAAGUUUGAGCCUACCGUUGGACCCGUUUAUAAUGGGCCCUACUGUCUGCCAGUUCGCUUCUUUGCUUCGGCCACACUUAAGAGAGUGAAUUACACCUUUGUUCUGUCCCUUUUUUUCCCUGUAUCAUCUGAAUGAACUAGCAUUUGUCCUCUGUGAUAUUGAUAAGCAGCACAAGGGCAUUAAGCAAUAGUCUUUGUGCAACUGUUGCCUCUUUUGCUGUUUCAGAGUUGAAUAUUUGCUUAUUGUAAUAAUCAUCCUAGAAAUUCACUUGUUAUUUGGGCUUUGUUUAGCCAUUUUAAGCCACAAACUCGAGCUUAAGGAACGGAGUCGCUGAUCAAUGGGCUCAUCUUUUAUUGCUAAGAA